AUGGCGGUGUCCGCGCCGCCCGUCAUCGCCGCAACUUCCAGCGGCGGCGGCGCGGGGGGCUCGGCGGGUUUGUUCCGGGCGGACCCGCUGUACUCCAGCCCCGCGGAGUCCCCGCGCCUCACCAACAGCCUCGUCAACACUUUCCUCUCGGCCGGCGGCGGCGGGGCCGGCGCGGGCGGCGGUGGCGGCGGCGGCAACGAGUGUAAGAUGGUCGACCUGCACGGGGUGAAGGUGGCCUCGUUCCUCGUGGAGGGGCAGGAGCUGAUCUGCCUGCCGCAGGUCUUUGAUCUCUUCCUCAAGCACCUGGUGGGAGGGCUGCACACGGUCUACACCAAGCUGAAGCGGCUGGAUAUAUCGCCCGUGGUGUGCACGGUGGAGCAGGUCCGCAUCCUGCGCGGGCUGGGGGCCAUCCAGCCCGGCGUGAACCGCUGCAAGCUCAUCACCAGGAAGGACUUCGAAACUUUGUACAACGACUGCACCAACGCGAGCUCCCGCCCAGGCCGACCGCCCAAGCGCUCACUGGGAGUGGCGAUCCAGGAGAAUGCGCGGCUGCUGCCCCACGGAGUGCCCGGCCUCCUGUCACCAGGGCUCAUCUCCCCAACAGGUCUGACAGCUGCUGCCAUGGCAGAGGCUAUGAAGCUACAGAAAAUGAAACUUAUGGCCAUGAACAGCCUGCAUGGAAGUGGGAGUCAAAAUGGAACCGAGUCAGAAAAUGAAGAGCUCAAUUCUAAUGCAGGUGGCAGUGAAUCCUCCUGGGACAAAGACAAGCUGCAGUCUCCCAUCACAACGGGAUCCCAGCACAGCAUUGGGCACCCCACGCUGUCAGGGCAGUCCAGCCUUGGGAGUGCACACCCGCUCAGCCCUCUCCAGCAGAACCACCUGCUCACCAACAGGAUAGACCUGCCCUUCAUGAUGAUGCCGCACCCCCUGCUCCCCGUCAGCCUCCCCCCGGCCUCGGUGGCCAUGGCCAUGAACCAGAUGAACCAUCUCAACACCAUCGCCAACAUGGCGGCGGCGGCGCAGAUGCACAGCCCCCUCUCCAGGGCAGGGGCCUCCGUCAUCAAGGAGAGGAUCCAGGACAGCCCUUCCCCGGCGCCGUCCCUGGAGGACAGCCAGCGGCCCGGCAGCCAUGCGUCCUCCCACCCCAGCAGCAGCGUGUCCAGCUCCCCGUCCCAGCUGGACACCACCCCCGACAGGAUCGCCAUGCUGACCAACAGCAGGGAAGGAGAACUCAUUGACCAAGAAACUGGGACCAGCCUAAAAAAAAUACAAAAGGAGAAAGAAGAGGUCCAAAUUGCCAUUCCAAUAAUGAAACCAACCUUAGAUAAAGUCCAACUGGCUGGACAGGCCUUGCCUCCUGGAUUUCCGGCGCCAUUUCUUUUUGCUGAUGGUCUCUCAUCAGUAGAAACACUAUUAACCAACAUUCAGGGCCUGCUGAAAGUGGCUGUGGACAAUGCAAGAGUCCAGGAAAAGCAAAUACAGCAGGAAAAGAAAGAGUUAAAGAUGGAGCUUUGUAGAGAGCGAGAACUACGAGAGAGCUUGGAAAGGCAACUCACAGCUGAGCUGCAAAGCAGAGCCACAAUUCAAAAACGCUUGAAGAAAGAGAAGAAGGCAAAGAGAAAAUUGCAGGAAGCUCUGGAAUUUGAAUCCAAGAGAAGAGAACAAGUGGAACAGGCUCUGAAACAGGCCACAUCAGGUGACGGUCUCAGGAUGUUAAAUGAUGCUGGAAUCCCAGAUAUGGAAAUAGAACACAACGGAACCCAACAUGACAGUGCAGCCAUGCAAGAAAACAGAACAUACAUCAAGCCGACCAUUAUGUACUGAAGGAACCACCUAUUGCUGAAAAAUGUAUAAUGACCACUAUUUGAAGACUAUAUAGUUCCUGAGAAAUGUCCCUUCCAACCUUUGAUGCCUUCAGUACUGUGUGAGGAACAGGAUUUGUAGCAUGAAACUUGAAGGACAAUUUCAAGCAAUUUACUGUUGCUGCAUUGAAAACUGCCGUAUUAAGAAAUACUGAGACUUUUUACAAGCUUACCAUACCAAACCAAGCCUGUCACAACAGAUCAUUUUUAGGUCCCUGGAGAUAGAAAGGAGUUUUAGUAUUUUUAAGCACAUACAUCAAUUAUUUCCCCUCCCCAC